AUGCGGGCGGCGCGCAGCGGCACCAAGGACGGGCUGGAGCGCACGCGCAUGGCCGUGCUGCGCCGCGUCACCUUCCUGCAGCGCCGCGACGGACCAGGGGACGGGGAGCGCAGGAGGAGCGCGGCCGGGGCGGAGCAGCCGCCGCGCUCCCGCCGGAGCUCCCGGCUUUCCCUGGAGCAGCCGAGGGAUUGGGGAUUUUGGGCUCAGAGCUGUGCCUGCCUUUCCCAAAUCCGGGAUGGGGAUUCCGGGCUCAGGCUCCCGUGCCCGCAGGUGCUCCGCCGGCACAUCCUGGGCUCCAUCGUGCAGAGCGAGCGCAGCUACGUGGACUCCCUGAGGCGCAUCCUGCAGGAUUACCGGGACCCGCUGCUGGAGAUGGAGCCCAAGGUGCUGAGCGCCCGCAAGUGCCAGGUGGUGUUCUUCCGGCUCAGGGAGAUCCUGCAGUGCCACUCCAUGUUCCAGAUCGCCCUGGCCUCCCGCGUGGCCGAGUGGGAUUCCAACGAGAAGAUCGGCGACCUCUUCGUGGCCUCGUUCUCCAAGUCCAUGGUGCUGGACGUCUACAGCGACUACGUCAACAACUUCACGGCGGCCAUGUCCCUGAUCAAGAAGGCCUGUCUGACCAAACCCGCCUUCCUGGACUUCCUCAAGAAGCGGCAGAUGGCCAGCGCCGACCGCGUCACGCUCUACGGGCUGAUGGUGAAGCCCAUCCAGAGGUUCCCCCAGUUCAUCCUCCUCCUGCAGGACAUGCUGAAGAACACCCCGCGCGGCCACGCCGACCGCCUGUCCCUGCAGCUGGCGCUGACCGAGCUGGAGACGCUGGCCGAGAAGCUCAACGAGCAGAAGCGCUUGGCCGACCAGGUGGCCGAGAUGCAGCAGCUCAGCAAGAGCAUCAGCGACCGCAGCAGCUUCAACAAGCUGCUGAGCUCGGGGCAGCGGCAGCUGCUGCUGUGCGAGACGCUGACCGAGACGGUGUACGGGGACCGCGGGCAGCUGCUCAAGUCCAAGGAGAGGAAGGUGUUCCUGCUCAGCGACCUCCUGGUCUGCGCCAACGUCAACUUCAAGGGCCAGCUGGAAAUCAGCAGCCUGGUGCCCCUGGGCCCCAGGUACGUGCUGAAGUGGAAUAAGGUCUACCUGGGCCCCCCGCGGCUCUUCCAGGAGCUGCAGGACCUGCAGAAGGACCUGGCGGUGGUGGAGCAGAUCACGCUGCUCGUCAGCACCCUGCACGGCACCUACCAGAACCUGAACAUGACGGUGGCCCAGGACUGGUGCCUGGCCCUGCAGAGGAUGAUGAAGGUCAAGGAGGAGGAGAUCCACUCGGCCAACAAGUGCCGCCUGCGGCUGCUGCUGCCCGGGAAACCCGACAAGUCCGGCCGCCCCAUCAGCGUCAUGGUGGUGUUCAUCACGCCCAGCCCCCUGAGCAAGAUCUGCUGGGUGAACCGGCUGCACCUGGCCAAGAUGGGCCUGCGGGAGGAGAACCAGCCGGGCUGGCUCUGCCCCGACGAGGACACCAAGAGCCGAGCUCCCUUCUGCUGCCCCGUCCUGUGCUGCCACAUUCCAGCCUUCUCCUCCAAAGCCUUGGAUCUGCAGCUCGGCGCCGCCGUGCACAACCCCGUGCGCUCCUCGCUGCUGGGCUGCGCCGCCGUCAGCACCUCCCUGCCCCAGGGCUUCCUCUGGGUGAGCGCCGAGCCGGGAUUGGGAUUGGUAUUGGGAUUGGGAUUGGGAUUGGGGCUGAUUCCAAUGAUCCCGAUCCCGUUCUCUCCCUGUGCUCCGGGGCUGAUCCCGAUGAUCCCGAUCUCCCGAUCCCGUUCUCUCCCCACCGUGCUGGUGUUCGGGGCGGUGGCGGCGGGGACGCCGGUGCUGCAGCGCUGCCGCGUGCCGGGCGCGGCGCCCGUGCUGAGCCUGCGGAGCAGCCGCGCGUUCCUGCUGGCCGGGCUGCAGGACGGCAGCGUGGCCGCCUUCCCCCGCACCCCCGCACCGUUUCGAGGCGCACCCCGAGCCCGCGGCGGCCGUGACGCUGAUGGUGCGGGAGGGCAGCGGGGUGUGGAUGUUCCCGGGAAUUCCGGGAAUGUUGGGAAUUCCGGGAAUGUGGGUAAUCCCGGGAAUGUUGGGGUCCCCCAGCACCGUUUCGAGGCGCACCCCGAGCCCGCGGCGGCCGUGACGCUGAUGGUGCGGGCGGGCAGCGGGGUGUGGAUGGCCUUCGCCGAGGGUUCCUCCAUCCGCCUGUUCCACACCGAGACCCAGGAGCACCUCCAGGAGAUCAACGUGGCCACCAGGACCACCCUGCUGCUGCCCGGGCAGAAGCAGGUGCGCGUCACCAGCCUCCUGCUGUGCCAGGGCUCGCUCUGGGUGGGGACGGAUCUGGGAAUCAUCGUCCUGCUGCCCGUGCCGCGCCUGGAGGGCAUCCCGAAAAUCACCGGGAAGGGGAUGGUGUCCCUGAACGGCCACGCCGGCCCCGUGCAGUUCCUGGCGCUGGCUCUGAGCCCUUUGGCCCCCGACGCCCUCCGCACCGAGCAGGACGAGCCCGACGAGCCCGAGGAGGAGAAAUCCCCGGAUCCGGAGGGGCUCCAGCCGCGGGAAAUGCGGAAAAAAGGGAUUUUGUUACAAUACCGGCUGCGCUCCACGGCCCACCUGCCCGGCCAGCUGCUCUCCGUGCGGGAAGCGGCGCCGGGAUCGCCGGGAACACCGGGACACGCCGAGGAGGACGGAUCCAUCUACGAGCUGGCCGACGAUCCCGACGUGUGGGUGCGAAGCCGGCCCUGCUCCCGGGAUUCUUCCCGCAAGGAAAUCUCCUCCGUGGCCAUCGUCUCCGGAGGCCGCGGCUACCGGGAUUUCCGGGCGGAAUCCGCGCGCCGCUCCGGAGCCGCCGACAGCUCCCUGCUCAUCUGGCAGCUCCCGCUGGCGCUGUGAGCCUGCCCGGAAUUCCCGAAUUUCCUACCUCAGGAAUGCCCCGAAUUCCCGGGAGCGGCGCCGCCCUGGGCGCUUGAGCCGCUGCGAGGAAAAAAAAACUGGGAAAAACGUGGGAAUCUCCCCCAGAUCCGGCGGAUCUGGAGUUGGGAGCGGCGGGGUUUUCCCGGUUUCCCUGCGUGUGCGUGUGUGUGCGUGUGCGUGGGUAAUCCCUAGAGAUAGAAAUCCCUGGAUUAUAAAUAGGCUGUAAAUUAUUACCUGUAAAAAGAAGGAAUCUGUAUAUAUUGGGAAUGCCGGGAAGAGCGGGAGCAGCUCCCGAAAAAGCGGCUCCGGCUGCAAUAUCCACUCCUGUUCCCGACUGGGAAUUUGAGGGUCUGGAAUUCGAGGUACUGAAAUCCCCUGGAUUUGGGAGCCGAGCCUGCUCGGCUUCCCAAGGAAAGGAAAACAGGGGGAGUGUGGAAAUAAAUCCCAUAGGAAUGGC